AUGCUGCAGGCCGGUGGUCGACCUCGUGUGGAGCUGUCACCCCAAGCAUGUGAUAUCUGUCGAAGACGCAAGGUCAAGUGCCAUCUUCGGACCGGUCCCAGCAGUUCAAGCUGUGAACGAUGUGAGAGACUCAAUCUUGCAUGCACAUUCAUAUUGCCGACCAAGACUCGUGGGCCCAAGAAGCGGGCAUCCGUGGACCCAGGUGUGAAAGAACAUCAUGUUUCCAGCACCCGAUAUGGGACUGAUGAUCUGUGUGAUCGAGGUUUAUUCAAGAUGAUCAUGCAAGACUAUUUGGAUUAUAUCUACCCAAUGGUUCCUGUCGUACAUCGCCCAUCAUUUCUGAAAGCUCUUGAGGAGGAUCAGGACUGCGAAGAUGAAGGGUUCCUCGCCUUGACACUCUCUAUCGCUGCUUUGGUUGUGGCAACGAUGGCCAACAGGUUCCGAACUUAUCAGUCACACACUCCGCCUCUACGAUUCUCAUCUCGAAAAGAGAUGGUUCACUUUUGCUACCAAAAAAUCCUUGCCUUGCGAACAGCCUCCUACUACGACGAACUCAAUUUCCAAAAAUUCGCAAUUUCAUACAUUUAUUUCGCAGCAUUUCUACAGCUCGGUGAUCACAAUUGGUCUCGUAUGGUGAGCGUGGAAGCAAUGCAAAUUGCGAGGCUGUUAAAUCUGCAUCGGAUCUCGGAAUACGACGGUCUCAAUUGUAUAGAAACACAACUUCGGAAAAAGGGAUUCUGGCUCGUUUUCUACUGUUAUGUUCAUGCCCAUCUACAAAAUUUGCACGGCGAGCGACUGAGCUACCUUGACCCAGGCAUGCUUAACUCCAUUGACCCAAAUGAUCUAAUGCCAUUAGAGGUUGACGAUGAGUUCAUAUUCAAGGAUGAGGUCGCAGCUCCUAUAACACCCAGACCUUGCCUGGCGACAGGCUUUAUUCAUCACUCUCGAGUGUUCUUGGCUGCCAUCCGAGACCCUUAUUCAAAACCUUCUGCGAAGGACCCCUGCCCCUGUGUCCGGACCCACGAUCUUAACCUACAAGUUCACUUUUUCCAAGACCGUCUGGAUUGUCUUCGGCAUUUGCUUAUUGACAUUCCCUCUUGUCUUCAAUUGUCUGCACCGGUCCCAAAUGUUCUUGGUGUUGAUGGGUUGAGCAUUGAAGACAUCGAGACACUUCAAUCUCAGUUUGCGUCUAUGCCUCGAAGUGGCACAGUCCCGUCAACAAAGGCAAAUUCCAGCCCUUGGCCCCCCGAUCAUACUGGAAUCUUUGACCAAAGAGCCUUGUGGCUGUAUCGAGAGGAACUUUGCCGCCAGCUCUUCUUCAUCUUGUACAACUUCCCUCAAUCAAGUUUGGAAGCCAACGGCUUACAUGCCGCCAACAAGGUUCGCGAUAUCGCUUCGAGUCUUCUAGCAUGCCCGUUUCAUCCAGAGGACCCCAUUGCCAAAAGAGUGGCCGGGUAUGUGCAACGCUCGACUGAUAUUCUGUCUCGUCUUGACAGCAGCGAGGUUAUGAAUGCGAUGCAUCUACAAACAUGGAUUGAUACAGAUCGAAUUUCAAAAUGA